UCGGUCGGUUUGCUUGAUUCGGCUCAUGAUGCGGUCCGGCCGUGUGAGGCUGACAUGGUGGGCCCCACAAACCCGGUGCGCGCGCCAUGCCAAGUUGCCACGAGCCCCCACGAGCUUUUAAUCCGUGCGGAAAAAAGUGGUUGGUUGACGCGAAAAGGCGCCGUGUAAUCGCCAGGUCGCAUGCGCGGUGGCCGCCACUGACGUGUGGGCCCUGCCCGUCCUUUUUUUCAUUCUUAACCUUUUUUUCAUUUACUUUCGUAGCUAAACCAUGGUUAAGUUGUUAAUUAUACUACCAAUAAUCUCGAGUCAGUCAAGGUGGAGUCUUUUUGGUUCUUUUUAUUUUCCUUCGAUGUGCAUGCGUGGUAGGUUAGGGUUCAUGAUAAAAAUGUGUAAAAGCAUCCUGGUGGAGUUAUAUAUGGCUGCAGCUUUUGACAAGAACUCGGUUCGUUUACGAUACGUUCCCCCACGCAAUUAUUUCGCCAUGAUUCUUCUGUGUUAAGAAAGGGCGAGAUCUUUGGGUUAGAAUACAAGAAAGUCGUGUGAAAAUUGUGGGCGAUUAAAUCUUCCCCUUUCGCAAAGCUUGUCUUAAGCACUCAUCUUUCGCUUUAAAUCGCAAUCUUUUCUUUCAGAUCAAAGCAAAUACUAGGAGAACUAGCUAGGUAGCCCGCGCAAUUGCUAGCACCCAUAUAAAAUUAUAUAUUUUUUAAUAUGAUUUUACUUAAAAUUUAUUUAAUAGUUAUCUCGUUGUCUUGAGAUUUGAAAGAUCAAAUCUUAUCAUCCUCGUGUUUCUAAUUUUAUAAUUUUUCUAAUAGUAUAAGAGUUUUAAUUUCAGUUUUUCUUUAAUUGUGAGAACUGCGUCGCAUGGGCCAGUCUGUUUAGUUGAGAUGUAACAUGCAGAAUCGAAUGCUGUAGCUCACAACAGUAUACAUUAGUUUUAGUAUUCAAUCCACUUGUUGAUUUCAUCCACUUUUCCUUUCGGUUGUUCUCAUUCACUCUCCACCAACCUUGCCACCAUUCUGUCCAGUCAAAACUUGAAUUUGUUAAACCAAGCAUUGAUAAUUUGUCAGAAAAUUCCGGGAAUUUUGAAUAGGACUUUUUGUACCCAGCACGUCGUUUUUAUUCUUUGUCACGAGCAUUUACUUCUCCGGAAUUCACAUUUCGAUCCAGAGAAGAACAUCGGGCUGGGGCACUGUAGCAGCUCAUCUCAGUGGGGCGAAUGGUUAGCGAUUUGUCUGCUUCGUUCUUGGCUGAACUGAGAGUGAGCACUAAUCUACUCCAUACUCCGAACACUGCAGAUCACGAGGUGCGGUGUUGUAGCUUCGACCGAGGAAUGAGCUUGCAUUGCUGUCCGGCGGCCGGCGACCCGCCGGCGCCGGCCGGGACGGCGGAGGAGCUGCUGGAGCGGGCGCGGUCGCUGGUGCCGGCGGCGCUGGACGCGGCGCGCGCGGCGACCGGCUUCGGCGGCCGGUGGAAGGUUAUCGCGGCGAGGCUGGAGAGGGUGCCGCCGUGCCUGUCCGACCUGUCCAGCCACCCGUGCUUCUCCAAGAACUCGCUCUGCCGCGAGCUUCUGCAGUCGGUGGCCGCCACGCUCGCCGAGGCCGCCGAGCUCGGGGCGCGCUGCCGCGAGCCGCCGAGGGCCGGGAAGCUGCAGAUGCAGAGUGACCUCGACGCGCUCGCCGGGAAGCUCGACCUGAACCUCCGGGAUUGCGCGCUGCUUAUCAAGACCGGUGUGCUGUCCGACGCGACCGUGCCACCGGUGGCGCCGGCGGCUGAGGCGGCGGCGCAGACGGAUGUGCGGGAGCUGCUUGCGAGGCUUCAGAUCGGGCACGCGGAGGCGAAGCACCGGGCGGUGGAUGGGCUCCUCGACGCGCUACGCGAGGACGAGAAGAGCGUGCUGUCGGCGCUCGGCCGCGGCAACGUGGCGGCGCUGGUGCAGCUGCUGACGGCGACGGCGCCCAAGAUCAGGGAGAAGGCGGCCACCGUCCUCUGCUUGCUGGCCGAGUCCGGCAGCUGCGAGUGCUUGCUGGUGUCGGAGGGCGCGCUGCCGCCGCUCAUCCGGCUGGUCGAGUCCGGCAGCCUGGUCGGCCGGGAGAAGGCCGUGAUCACGCUGCAGCGGCUGUCCAUGUCGCCCGACAUUGCCCGCGCCAUCGUCGGCCACAGCGGCGUCCGCCCGCUGAUCGACAUCUGCCAGACCGGGGACUCCAUCUCGCAGUCCGCGGCGGCCGGCGCGCUCAAGAACCUCUCCGCGGUGCCCGAGGUGCGCCAAGCGCUGGCGGAGGAAGGGAUCGUGCGCGUCAUGGUCAACCUGCUCGACUGCGGCGUCGUGCUCGGCUGCAAGGAGUACGCCGCGGAGUGCCUCCAGAGCCUCACGUCGAGCAACGACGGCCUCCGCCGCGCCGUCGUGUCCGAGGGCGGCCUCCGCAGCCUGCUCGCCUACCUCGACGGCCCGCUGCCGCAGGAGUCCGCCGUGGGCGCGCUCCGCAACCUGGUGAGCAGCGCCAUCUCGCCGGACAGCCUGGUGUCGCUGGGCGUGCUCCCCCGCCUCGUCCACGUGCUCCGCGAGGGCUCCGUGGGCGCGCAGCAGGCGGCCGCGGCGGCGAUCUGCAGGGUGUCGAGCUCGUCGGAGAUGAAGCGCCUGGUCGGCGAGCACGGGUGCAUGCCGCUGCUGGUGCGGCUGCUGGAGGCGAAGUCGAACGGCGCGCGCGAGGUGGCGGCGCAGGCGGUGGCGAGCCUGAUGAGCUGCCUGGCGAACGCCAGGGACAUCAAGAAGGACGAGAAGAGCGUCCCCAACCUGGUGCAGCUGCUGGAGCCGAGCCCCCAGAACACGGCCAAGAAGUACGCCAUCUCCUGCCUCCUCACGCUGUCGGCGAGCAAGCGCUGCAAGAAGCUGAUGAUCUCGCACGGCGCCAUUGGCUACCUCAAGAAGCUCUCCGAGAUGGACGUCGCCGGCGCCAAGAAGCUGCUCGAGAAGCUUGAGCGAGGCAAGCUGCGCAACCUCUUCAGUAGGAAGUAAAAACCGAAGCGAACGACCACCAGUAGCAGUAAGCUAGUAGCCUUCCUUUUUGCCGUAAACUGUAUAAAAAUCCCGUGCUGUUUUUCAUAGCCUCUAUGAAGUGUAAGUGGGGUGCAGAGAGCAUCGGCGUUUAUCUGAUCUGGACAUAAACCCGUUGUAAUAUCGUCGCCGUCUAAUUCCGCUGUGUAUGGAACUCUGAAUCAUUGCAGUUUCCGUGUCAGUGCUAAUAAUCAUUUGCAAUGUUCAGACAUAA